AUGGUUCUAUCAAAUACAACACUUAGUUUCCUCCUAUUAUUAAAUUUAUUUUUAUCGAUUUUUUCUUUCUUCAAUGGUACAAUACCCGUGCUUUUCAUCCAUAUAGUCUCAUCUCCAACUAAGCGUUUGGCACUUGUUUUAACUGGUUCAUUUAAUCCAGUAACUAUAGCACACCUACGUAUGCUUGAAUUAGCUCGUGAUUAUUAUCAUCUUCAAUCAAUUCAAGUUGUUGAAGGAAUAAUAUCUCCAGUAAGCGAUUCUUAUGGUAAACCAGGUCUAGCUAAAGUAAAUCAUCGUAUUGAAAUGCUUCAAGCAGCUAUAAGUAAUGACCCUUGGCUUCGUAUUGAUACUUGGGAAGCUGAACAAACAUCUUGGACACGAACAAAAAUAGUACUUGAUCAUCAUUAUGAAGUUAUAAAAAAACGAUAUGGUGAAAAUACUGAACUUCGUUUAUUGUCAGGUGCUGAUGUUGCACGUUCAAUGUUAGAUCCAAAAAUUUGGAUACCAAAAGAUAUUGAUGAUAUAAUGACAAAAUAUGGUCUUGCUUGUAUAACUCGUUUAAGUGCUCCAGAACCUGGUCAAGGUGGUGCAACUGUACCCGAUGUUAAAGAAGGCAUGCCUGAUCUAUGGAAACAACAUAUUGACAUUAUACAAGAUUGGGUUGUUAAUGAUAUAUCAGCAACAAACAUAAGAAAAAGAUUAGAAAAAGGUUUGAGUGUUAAAUAUAUUGUACCUGAUGCUACAAUUAAAGUCAUUCGUAAUUAUGGUUUAUAUAAUUCAGACAAAUGCAUAUGUUUAGCUGAUUGGCCGGCACAUGAACAAAAACAAACAUGA